UCCUCGUAUCUUCCUUCCUUUGUCUCCCUAUAAAAAAAAGUCACCCAAAUUGCUUCCCUUUCAUAAAUCUCUAAACCCACUUCCCAAUCAAAUUCACUUCUUCCUAUUUCCUUUUUCAUGGCGAUGUACUUGUCUCAAGAAAACCAUGUCUUUACUUAUAAUUGUCCGUCCGACGGAAUUUCAGCGGAAUAUUCCGUCCCCACGAAUGGAUCUUCGUCGCCGGUGGAAUAUUCUUCCUCGUCUUCGUCGGAGGGGGAAGGUUUCAAAGAGAAGGAUCAUUCGGAUGCAAUGCUAAAGUUCAUAAGCCAGAUGCUUAUGGAAGAAGAAGACUUGGGUAACAAGCCAUGCAUGCUCCAUGAUUGCUUGGCUCUUCAAGCCACCGAGAAAUCGUUAUUCGAUGUCCUCAACACGAACAACGACGACGAAACACCACCGGAUAGUAGUAGUUAUUCGAGAGUGAAGAAAAACCGCUAUCGAGAAGAUACCGAUGGAUUGUCGGGGGACGAUCGGAGGAGUAACAAACAGUUGGCCGACGACAAAUUUAGCGACGAGAGUGAGACGUUGGAGAUGUACGACAAGGUGUUGCUCUGUUCCGUCUUGGAGCUCGAGUCGAAGGAUAAGAAGCCGUCGAUGAAACAGUUGAGUAGAGGGAAUAAGAAGAAAGGGAUUCCUGCCAAGGAAACGGUCGACCAUCGAACCCUCCUGACGCAGUGCGCGCAGGCCGUCGCCAGCAACGAAACCCGAACGGCGACGGAACUUUUGUCGCAGAUAAAGCGGCAUUCGUCGCCGCACGGCGACGGAACGGAAAGGCUCGCGCACUAUUUCGCCGGAGCCCUCGAGGCCCGCUUGGCCGGCACCGGAGGGACGUUCUACUCUCGCGGAAUAUCGGCGGCGGAGAUUCUGAAGGCGUACAAGACGUACAUCACGGCUUGCCCUUUCAGGAAGAUGUCGAAUUUGUACGCCAACAAAACGAUCAAGAAACUCGCCGAUGGGGCGACGACGCUCCACAUUAUCGAUUUUGGGAUUCUGUACGGGUUCCAGUGGCCCUGCUUGAUCCACGCACUGUCCGAGCGGCCCGACGGGCCCCCCAAGCUCCGGAUCACAGGGAUCGAUUUCCCCCAGCCAGGGCUCCGUCCGGCCGCCCGUGUCGGAGAUACGGGCCGCAGGCUCGCAAAGUACUGCGAGCGGUUUAAAGUCCCGUUCGAGUACAAUGCAAUCGCGCAGAAGUGGGACACAAUCAAAAUUGAGGAUCUCAAGAUCGAGAGGAACGAGUUGCUGGUCGUGAAUUCCCUCUACCGGCUCCACAACGUGCCCGACGAGACGGUGAUGGUCAAUAGCCCGAGGGACACCGUUCUCGAACUGAUAAAGAAAGUCAACCCCGACCUGUUCAUACACGGCGUGGUCAACGGGACCUACAACACGCCCUUCUUCACGACGAGAUUCAGGGAAGCCCUCUACCAAUACUCGUCGUUGUUCGACAUGUUCGACGCGACGGUCCCGAGGGAGGAUCAGAAUAGGAUGAGGUUCGAAGAGGAGGUGUUGGGGAAGGACGUGAUGAACAUUAUAGCGUGUGAGGGGACCGAGAGGGUCGACCGGCCCGAGACUUACAAGCAGUGGGGGGUCCGGAGCGCGAGGGCGGGCUUCGAGCAAGUGCCGCUCGAUCGGGAUAUUCUCAAGUACGUGAGGAGUAAGGUGAAGAAGAACUACCACAAGGACUUUUCGGUCGAUGAGGAUGGCAAGUGGAUGCUGCAGGGUUGGAAAGGCCGCGUCGUUCAUGCCAUCUCUUACUGGAAACCUAGUCACAAGUAGUGAUAUGAUUCUUGAUUUUCUUGUUUUUAGGACAAAUCUCUUGUUUUUUGUAGUGUUGUAUUUGAAGUAUUUCAGUUGGUUGCAAAACAAAAAUCAGAUAAAAAAGACUCAAAACUUUAU